GUGAAGGUAAUUUUGGCAGCUACUACCUCUAGCCCACCACAUAGCGUGGCGCUACGUCAGCAAUUCGCGACGCCAGCGCACCUCCUGCUCGCGAGAGCAAGCACUACGUGGCAGCUCGCCCCUCCGUCGGCCCGCCCCGUAGCUGAGUCCCUUUCGCGUCACCCCUGCCCCUUUCCUCGGGUCGCUUAGCGCCUGACAUAUCAACAUCGAUAUUAUACCUAAUUCCCGCAACCGCCUCCUCAACAUCCUCCCCCGAUUCUUUCCCCCUUCUCUCCCCCGCCUGGCGCCGUUAGCCUGCGCGCACGGUCCCUCGCUCGAACUCUUCAUGUUUCGCCACCGUAGCUUUUCGCCUCGCUGGUAAUGCCCUCUCACCCCUUUCGCGACUUCGCUUGAGACAGUAACGCAGUUGCCACUGCUACGAGGACGAACGGAUGGCGGUUCAUUCGUCGAGGGGUUGGUUGCACCAGUAGUGCUGUACUGUAGCAUGUAUAUCGUGUACUUUUUGGGAGUUCCUAAUGCUACAUCGGCCAUAAGAGUCGUUCAAAUUGUGGUGGCUCACUCCUCGAUUACACGCUUUUCGCUAAUGCUCCAUUUCUUUCCGCGAGUUAUAGGUUAGCUUCGUUAUAACCUGUUUCGUUUCUAGCUUGUGUCAUGUCUUGGAGCCUUAUCAAAGACCUGCCGUUUAGCCUCUUGUCUAUCGGCAGAGGGAGCGGGGAAACCAGUACGGAUACUGGGGAAGCUCCUGUAGCGAGUGAUUCAAGCGCUGUGACUGUAGCGAAUGAGGGUGCGGAAGUUACCAUCAGGGAAGUUUUCCCAGCAGGGUCUGCGGAGGUAACGGUAGAGGUAGCGGAGGCGAGCUGUGGUCUGGGCGAGAGGCUCAGUUGAGCGAUUCUGGUGAUAGGGUGACUGAUGGGGGUGAAACGUUGACUGGUGGUGGUGAUAAGGCGACUGUAGCGAAUGAGGUUGCGAAAGUUACCAUCAGGGAAGUUUUCCCAGCUGGGUCUGCUGAGGUAACGGCUGUAGCAGAGGCGAGUUGUGGUCCGGAACGAGAGUCUACGGUGGCUGAUGGGGUUAAAAGGGCGACGGAGUUGCAAGCCAAUGACAGCAGGACACGUGGAGAGGAGGAUGGGGGAGGGCGGGCGGGAGGGUGGGAAAGGCUCGAUGAGGCUGAGGCUGGUGUGGAGUCCAGCGGGGAGGACGGUGACGUUAGAGAGAAGAUUGGAUCAGGAGUGGAGGGACAGGGGAGCGGGCAGUUGAACGGGCAGCUGAACGGGCAGUCGAAGGUGCAGUCGUGAGUGGGGAAGAUCUAGGAGUACGGGAUAUUCAACAGCAGCAGUUGAAAGGGGGCGUGGGAGAAGGAGAGGCAGCAGCAGCAGCAGCUGUAUACAGUGUCAGUCUCAAUGCCAAUGUGGACGAUGGAGGAGGAGUGACUGGGAGACAAACGGCUGAGAUGGCUUUUCCCCACAGUCUAAGUUCGCCGAGCUUUGGCAGCACUGGAUCUCAUAACCAUCACCAUGCUGACGUCAGCAGCAGUUCGCAACAUCCAGGUUCCCAGCCAUCUGGGCCGUCCAUUUUCCGGGCCAUGUCAGCAAGCAGCCCGUCCUCCCCUAGAUCCGACGGCCGAGAUCAGGAGGCACCAGGGGGGUCAGUUGCAGCAAGAAUUGCGAAUUCACAUUCGUCAGAGUCACACUCAAUGGAGUCGCACUUCUUCUCGGAAGGGGAUUUGGUACGCAUGGCAAAGGAAGGGUGGUUACGGCAAAAGGAGGAGAAGCAGCAGCAGCAGCAGCAGCAGAUCAUGGGUCCCUUGCCUCUCAUCUCAAUGUCUUGGCAAAGGUUAGUGGGGGGAGUGGAAGCGCUUAUAAAGGGAUCAUCGGAUGACAUUGGGUGGCUGGGCAGGACCCCUGGUUUACCUCCUGUGACUGAUGUUACCGACAACUAUGAGGCGAUUCUACAGUGUGUAAUGACCGGCAUUCACACCCUACCCGACGACCUCGUCUACCUCCUGAUCCCCGGGCUCUUCAGCAACCUCAGCCCGCUCUACCUGUUUGACACCAAGCGGCACUUCUCGUCCAUUGGAUUAGUCUGCCACAUUGCCAAGAUCCACAGCCAGGCCCCCAUAGAAGCCAACGCCAUUGUCAUCCGUGACUACAUCGAAGAACUCUUCUGGGCAACCAAAAAGAAAGUCCUAAUUCUAGGCCACAGCAAGGGCGCCAUGGAUGCAGCGGCAGCCAUCUCCCUGUACCAACCCCUGCUCCUCGACAAAGUAGCCGGUCUUGUUUUUAUCCAAAGCCCGUACGGCGGCAGCCCUGUGGCAUCCGACCUGCUGAGAGAAGGCCAGUGGGGUGACGUGGCAUCGCGCACAAUCCUCGGGAUUCUCAUGGAUAAGAUCUUCAAAGGGGAUAUCCAGUGCCUGGACGACCUCACACACGCGAAGAGAAAGGCGUUUUUGGCGGCGCACCCGUUUCCGGUGGGGGAAAUUCCGACUUUAUCCUUUCACACAGAGGCGAGUAAGGCGGCGGCGGUGGUGGCUUCGCUGUCGACCGUCGCCCAUACAGAGGUGCCGUGGCUGGCGCAGCAGAAUGCGCGGCUGGCCGUCGGAUUUCCUCUGUCUGCCGGUCUUGCGAUCAUGGCCCUCCAUCUAGAAUACAGGUACGGAGCCCCUAGCGAUGGUCUGGUAACAAGAGCAGAUGCAGAGGUGCCGGGGUCAGUGGUGGUGAGAAGCAGACGAAAACUGGACCACGCUUUUAUGGUGUUUCCCCCCACCAGUGGAGUGGGAGGGGGGGGAGGGGAAGGGGGAGGGGAGGUGGAGGUGGGGGAAAUGGGGAGGGGGGAAUGGAGGAGGAGGAGGAGGAGGGAGUGGGGGGGAGGUGGAAGUUGGUUCUGCACAUGUUCAUGAGGCGAGUGCUGCUGAGAUGUGCGAAGCCCUGGCCACCACUCUCCUGGCAACGCUGCAAAUGCGACCCAAGCAAGACAGCUCAUAGGGAAUGCCUGCCUGUAGGACCGAGGUGAGGUGCGUCGUAGCACUCCGAGAUGCAUGAAGCUCUGGCCACCACGCUGCUGGCAACGCUGCAGUGGAACCCAAGCAAGGCACUUUGUGAGAGCAUGUUUACAGCAGUGACUGAUGUGCCUGCCAGCGCCAGAUGACUCAGAUAAUUGAUGUGAAGCAAUCCGGCAGUAAAGCCUGCCCGGCUAAGUGCCAACUUGUCAGGAGGAAAUUGCUGCUGGAUCUGUUUUGGUGUACAGAAGUUCUAGCAGCUUGUGCUGCAUUGCUUCUUUAUUGUUUGUUGCCUCUCUGGUUGCAGAAUAUUCACCUCGAAACAAUUUUGUGCACAAUCAAGUCAAGGGCGAAAACCCAACGGUUUGUAUGCACUAUUUGUAAACACCUGAACACCA